UUCCGGGGGCGGGGCUUCGGAAAGGGAAGCGGCGGAGGGGCGGCAGAGCCUGCGCCGGCCGGCCUGGGCCCCCCCCCCCGGCCACCUUGGACGGCGUCCCGCCAGGGCGCCACCGCGGAGCCGCGGCGGUGAUGUCCGAGAUGGAGACGGAGGCCACGGUGCCCAUCUGGCAGAACAGGCCCCACGGCUCGGCGCGCAGCGUGGUGCGAAGGAUCGGCACAAACCUGCCCCUCAAGCCGUGCCCGCGGGCGUCCUUUGAGGUCCUGCCCAGCGUCUCGGACCUGUGCCCGAGCGAUGCACCCCCGGUGCCCACCCUGGCCGACAUCGCCUGGAUCGCCGCCGACGACGAGGAGACCUAUGCCCGCGUCAGGAGCGACGCUCGGCCCCUGCGGCACAAGUGGAAGCCCAGCCCUCUGUGCGUCAUGCAGCGCAACGCCUCGGUGCCCAACCUGCGGGCGCAGGACGGGAGGCUGCUGGCCCUGAAGAAGCCGGGGCUGCCCGCCCUCAGCCGCACCGCCGACCUGCAGGACGAGCUGACCCACCUGCGCAGCCAGAUCGCCAAGAUCGUCGCCGCCGGGAGCACGGCCUCGGCCGGCCCGCCGCCCAGCGGGGCCCCCGCGUCCUCUCCCUUCCCCGCCUUGGCCUCCUUCCCCUCCACGACGUCCUUCGUCAUCAGCGACAUCACCGAGGAGGCCGAGCCGGAGGGGCCGGAGCCGGGCGGGACCCCCGGCCCCUGCCCCGCGCCCGCCGCCACCACCCCGGGAGAGGGCUCGGCCGAAGAGGACAACUGCGUUUCCCUGUCCAAGGCCAGCAGCUUCGCGGACAUGCUGGGCAUCCUCAAGGACAUUCACAGGCUCAGGCAGGGCCAAGAUGGGAGCCGGGGGACGCUGAAGGAUGGGGAGGACCCGGCCACCCUCAUCUCCGAGGUCCUGAGGAGAAAGUUUGCGCUGAAAGCGGAAGACGUGAGCGGGAAGGGACAGUGAGCAGGGUGGACCCCGGGCCGCCCCUCCGUGCCCCCUCCGGCCCACCCCUCUCCGCCCUCACAGACUCCCGCUUCCCGUAGUCCCUCUCGCCCCGGCCUUGCUCUCCCCCAGGAUGGCCGGUGGGGGCAGAGGCCGGGGGAGGGGCAGUUUUGGGGGCGGGGUGGGGGGGUGGUCCCCUACCUCCCCCUCGGAUGUGUGGUGCUGCUACCCCGGGGCCCUUUUUCAUACACCGAUUUUCUAACUCUAAACACCUGCCGCCUCGCCCUCCCUCCUUCCACGCCAGGAACCAUUUUUGCAACUGUGUUAAGUCCAAAGGUGGGAGGGGGGGCGGCGGUGAGGCUGCCCACCCCUCCCCCUGCACUGGGGCAGCCGCCCCCCUUUAUUUACAUAGAAAGUCAGGGUCCCACCCCCCCCCCACCCCACCCGCCGUCCCCCGGUUGCUCAGCCCAGCCUGUGCUUGAUCACCCUGUUCCCCUGCGAGUCCUGGGAGAAGAGCAGUGCGGCCUGGGACCCGAGCGACAGGGACCGGGGGGCGGGGGGCGGGCCGGGGCUGCCCCCCUGCAGGUUGGUGGUCUCGCGGAAAGGCCGGCGGCGAGCGGUGACCCCGCAUCCCUGGGAGUCCUCGGCGAAGAGCCGGCCGCAGCCGGCGACGGAGGGGCCGGGGCUCCGGCGGCCCGCCCCGCCACGGGGCGGGCUGCCUCCUGCCUCUGUCCGCCCGUGGGCCAGGACCCGGUAGCCUUCCGAAUCCUGCGUGAAAGCACACGCAAGCGAGUCCUCCUCCCUGGGAGGAACGAAGCAGCGCGGCGGGGGCUGGAGCGGGCCCCGGAGGCGCUGGCCGGCGGGGGCCGGGGAGGCCGUGGGCUCCCGUGGGAGGACGGGGGAGCGGACGGCGGCCCGGACCCCCGGCGGAGGGGUCCGCCGCUCCCUGGGGCUCGGCGGGUGAGGGCGAGGACUCUGAGCAGUUGGCCUCUUCGCCUCGGCGCCGCGUCGCGCGCUCACGCUCCCUCCACCGACGGUUUGGCCUGAAAGACGCACGGAGCUGAAUAAACACACGCUGACCUGCGC